GGACGACAAUAGAGGACGGACUGGUUUGGUUCAUGGCGUUUCGAGAAGAGGGUUGUUAUGAGAGUUUUCCGGGCUGUUUGAUCAAAAUGUGUCGGCUCUCGGUUUUCCUGUGCUCGGCGCUGGUUCUGCUGGUCCUGGAGGUCGGCCCGGUCCGGUGCGACAUAACCGACGGGAACGCGGAGCAUCUGAAGCGGGAACAUUCACUGAUGAAGCCGUACCAGGGCGUCGGCAGCAGUCCCAGCAGCCAGUGGGACUUCUGGGGCAGCACCCUGGUGACCGGCUCCUACGUCCGACUGACCCCAGAUGAGAGGAGCAAACAGGGAUCCAUCUGGAACACCGUGCCUUGUUACCUGAAGGACUGGGAGAUGCACGUGCAGUUCAAAGUUCAUGGAUCUGGGAAGAAGAAUCUCCAUGGAGACGGCAUCGCCAUCUGGUACACCAAGGACCGGCUGCAUCCAGGACCAGUGUUUGGGAACCAGGAUCAGUUUGUUGGCCUGUCUAUUUUUGUGGAUACCUUCCGCAAUGACCUCCAUGGGAUGGAUCGGUCCUUCCCGUACAUCUCGGCCAUGGUCAACAAUGGUUCGGUCAGUUACGACCACGGAAAGGACGGACGCUCGUCGGAGCUGGGGGGCUGUUCAGCCGAGAUCCGUAACCGAGACCACGACACGUACCUGGCGGUCCGCUACUCCAAAGGACGCCUGACUAUCAUGGUGGACGUGGACGAUAAGAACGAGUGGAAGGAGUGCAUUGACAUCGGAGGAGUUCGUCUUCCAACAGGGUACUUCUUUGGUGCCUCAGCUGCGACAGGAGAUUUGUCUGAUAACCACGACAUCAUCUCCAUGAAACUGUACCAGCUGAUGGUGGAACACACACCUGAGGAGGAAAACCUGGACUGGACUAAGAUCGAGCCCAGCGUCAGCCUGUUAAAGUCUCCCAAAGACAACAUCGAUGACCCUACGGGGAACUUCCGCGGAACGCCGCUGACUGGAUGGAAGGUGUUCCUGCUGCUGCUGUGUGCGCUGCUGGGAAUCGUGGUGUGCGCUGUGGUCGGAGCCGUGGUGUUCCAGAAGAGACAGGAGAGGAACAAGAGGUUCUACUGAGGUUCUACUGAGGCUCCACCGCCCCUGGGCCUCAGGUGGAAGGAACUGUUUCCACUGCAGGAGUCCAGUCCAGCACAGUUAAUGUGAAGGUUUUUCUAAAGAUUGUACAGAUGUUUAUAUGGUUGAAGCACUGCAUUAUGGGUGAACUCUGAUGACUUGAUGUUGGUAAAAGCUCUGCUCUGUGUUUUCUGCCUUUGGUUGAACUCUUUUCACUCCUGGUGUUGGUUUGUCUCCUCUGUCUCUUUCAGCUUUUGUUUCUGCAGGUUCCAUUCUACAAAAUUGUGAACAAAGUGUGAUUAUUCUAGUGUUUGCGUCUCUACGGCCUUUAACGGGGUUAUUUACUGGACUGAGCGAAGUGUUUCUGUUAUAAACAAAAAGCAGAAAUAGGAUUUAAUACCAACUAUCGAGGCAUCUAGAACAGAAAACUGCUCAUUUUAGAACAGAAAGAGCUUUAACCACUGAUUCCACUGUUUGUGUUAGUGCUGCUCUCAAAAGUUUAGAAAAUACACGUCUUCCUUUGACAUUUGUACUCGUUAAUGUGUUUCCACUGAAACGGUGUUAAAGCUUCUCUUCCAGGUGUAAGAGUAUUAGAGAUAAAUGACUCAGCAGGUCCAGACCAUCUCAGUCCAACUCCACGGCUGCUAACAGACCCUCAUUGGACAUUAUUUGGUCGACAGUGAAGUUUAAUUCUCAGAUUUUAAGCCUCAGUUGAAGCUUCAGUCCUUUUGCUGCAGAGUUAAAGCUCUCCCCUGUGGUGACAUUCUGAACUACAGCUUGUAUUGAUCAUCAGUCAUCAAAUAUCGAGGUUAGUAUUUUGGCUCCUUCAGUGAAUCCUGUCGAUGAUGUUCGUUUUUCUACAGGCUGUUGGUGUUUUCGUCUGUGAACAAACUCUUAUAAUCCUACACACUUUAUUUAUUUAACCCUUAAAGACCCAAACGUCCACCUUUAACCUAAACCAUUUAAUACCUGUUGAUCCACUAAUCCUAUCAAUCCAUGUCAAUAACUGGUGUAAAAUACAGUUCUUCAUC